AUGCACGAGACCAGCAGGGAGGCAGAGCCGCCAUCAUGUCGCCCAACGAGGACACAGGGCACCAGGGGGAUACUCUAUGAGCAGUACAGACACAACCAAUCACAGCAGGGCACCAGGGGGAUACUCUAUGAGCAGUACGGAUACUGCCAACCACAGCAGGGCACCAGGGGGAUACUCUAUGAGCAGUACAGAUACAACCAAUCACAGCAGGGCACCAGGGGGAUACUCUAUGAGCAGUACAGAUACAACCAAUCACAGCAGGGCACCAGGGGGAUACUCUAUGAGCAGUACAGAUACAACCAACCACAGCAGGGCACCAGGGGGAUACUCUAUGAGCAGUACAGAUACAACCAAUCACAGCAGGGCACCAGGGGGAUACUCUAUGAGCAGUACAGUACAACCAAUCACAGCAGGGCACCAGGGGGAUACUCUAUGAGCAGUACGGAUACUGCCAACCACAGCAGGGCACCAGGGGGAUACUCUAUGAGCAGUACAGAUACAACCAAUCACAACAGGGCACCAGGGGGAUACUCUAUGAGCAGUACAGAUACAACCAAUCACAGCAGGGCACCAGGGGGAUACUCUAUGAGCAGUACGGAUACUGACAAUCACAGCAGGGCACCAGGGGGAUACUCUAUGACCAGUACAGUUACUGCCAACCACAGCAGGGCACCAGGGGGAUACUCUAUGAGCAGUACAGAUACAACCAAUCACAGCAGGGCACCAGGGGGAUACUCUAUGAGCAGUACGGAUACUGACAAUCACAGCAGGGCACCAGGGGGAUACUCUGUGACCAGUACAGUUACUGCCAACCACAGCAGGGCACCAGGGGGAUACUCUAUGAGCAGUACGGAUACUGACAAUCACAGCAGGGCACCAGGGGGAUACUCUAUGAGCAGAACAGAUACAACCAAUCACAGAAGGGCACCAGGGGGAUACUCUAUGAGCAGUACAGAUACAACCAAUCACAGCAGGGCACCAGGGGGAUACUCUAUGAGCAGUACGGAUACUGACAAUCACAGCAGGGCACCAGGGGGAUACUCUAUGAGCAGUACAGAUACAACCAAUAACAGCAGGGUACCUGGGGGAUACUCUACGAGCAGUACAGAUACAACCAAUAACAGAAGGGCACCAGGGGGAUACUCUAUGAGCAGUACAGAUACAACCAAUCACAGCAGGGCACCAGGGGGAUACUCUAUGAGCAGUACAGUUACUGCCAACCACAGCAGGGCACCAGGGGGAUACUCUAUGAGCAGUACAGAUACAACCAAUCACAGCAGGGCACCAGGGGGAUACUCUAUGAGCAGUACGGAUACAACCAAUCACAGCAGGGCACCAGGGGGAUACUCUAUGAGCAGUACAGAUACAACCAAUCACAGCAGGGCACCAGGGGGAUACUCUAUGAGCAGUACGGAUACAACCAAUCACAGCAGGGCACCAGGGGGAUACUCUAUGAGCAGUACGGAUACAACUAAUCACAGCAGGGCACCAGGGGGAUACUCUAUGAGCAGUACAGAUACAACCAAUCACAGCAAGGUACCUGGGGGAUACUUUAUGAGCAGUACGGAUACUGACAAUCACAGCAAGGUACCUUGGGGAUACUCUAUGAGCAGUACGGAUACUGCCAACCACAGCAGGGCACCAGGGGGAUACUCUAUGAGCAGUACGGAUACUGACAAUCACAGCAGGGCACCAGGGGGAUACUCUAUGAGCAGUACGGACACUGACAAUCACAGCAGGGCACCAGGGGGAUACUCUAUGAGCAGUACAGAUACAACCAAUCACAGCAAGGUACCUGGGGGAUACUCUAUUAGCAGUACAGAUACAACCAAUCACAACAGGGCACCAGGAGGAUAA